AUGUUGCAAUCCGCCAGCGGCUACAGCUGCAAUCUUGCAAUCAACGGUCCUUGUGUUUAUAUAGGCCUGGAGGCCAUUCAGUAUCUUGACAUCAGAGGUGAGCCCACGACUGAUCCGGACAACACACUCCUACUUCGUCUGACAACGGGAUUCUUCAUUGCAUGGGCAGUUUUCCAACAAGUUAGCAAGUUUCGGCGAUUCAAGCUGGUGCCGUCGUGCCCCUUGAGUCCAUGGACUUGGGCUUCGUCAAGGAUCAGGACUCGCUCCCUGCUUGCGACAUCUGGUCGUUCUGGGGUGAACAACUUGCACUGCUUGGACGCAGGUCAAAAACUUCCAUCAUAUCCUGAAUGGCUGCAGCGGUGCCGAAAACUUGGCAUCGGUGCCAAGUCAGCACGGCGGAUUUUGACAUUUCUUCUUCGGGGCUUCCGCUUGGCUAACAUGCGUUUGGAAAAUGAAGCCCUAGCCACUUUUGCGGAACUGCUUCGCAUGAUACAUAGGCACUGCCCUCCCCACACUCAAGCUGGCGUGCCCUAUGUUUUUUGGAGUGGGCCUCAGGCCAAGGAUCGGGCCCAGCAGUGCGGUCACACGUUGGAGAAAUCCGCUGCUGGCCGCUUGCUGAGUGGGUUGCGGAUUCUGAAGGCGGACGAGCUUGACUCUUGGAUGACAGAACGACCACUCUGGGUGGCCCUAUCGGGGGAAUUCGCCGCGCAAGCUGGGCAGACGAGUGCUGGUUUGUUUAUCAAAGGCGGCAAGUGGCACUAUUCUCCUCGAGGAGGAGUUGCCCAUUCUGCAGCGCAUCCGAGUCAGCUUGGAGUACGAAGUAGUACCGCCUUCUACGCGUAG